CGGCCCGCGCGGCGCCCGCCCUCCGCAGCCGGAGCGGCUUAGCGUGAGGUGGCGGCCGGUCGUGGUCACGGUCCCUGCUGCGGCUGCGGUGAGCCGCUCCCGUCCCCGGCCGGCGGGCGAUGGUGCGGCGGAGCGCGCGGACGCGGGCGGCGCGGCGGCGGGCAUGAGGGAGGAUGGAAGGGCAGGACGAGGUGUCGGCGCGGGAGCAGCACUUCCACAGCCAAGUGCGGGAGUCCACGAUAUGUUUCCUUCUUUUUGCCAUUCUCUAUGUAGUUUCCUACUUCAUCAUUACAAGAUACAAGAGAAAAUCAGAUGAACAAGAAGAUGAAGAUGCCAUAGUCAACAGGAUUUCGCUGUCUUUGAGCACCUUCACCCUAGCGGUUUCCGCCGGCGCUGUGCUGCUCCUCCCCUUCUCCAUCAUCAGCAAUGAGAUCCUGCUCUCCUUUCCUCAGAACUACUACAUUCAGUGGCUGAAUGGCUCCCUCAUUCAUGGUUUGUGGAACCUUGCUUCUCUCUUUUCCAAUCUUUGUUUAUUUGUAUUGAUGCCCUUUGCCUUUUUCUUUCUGGAAUCAGAAGGUUUUGCUGGCCUGAAAAAGGGAAUCCGAGCCCGAAUUUUAGAAACUCUGGUGAUGCUUAUUCUCCUCGCAUUACUUAUUCUUGGGAUAGUGUGGGUCGCCUCGGCGCUCAUUGACAAUGACGCUGCCAGCAUGGAAUCCUUGUAUGACCUCUGGGAGUUCUACCUACCCUAUUUAUAUUCCUGCAUAUCAUUGAUGGGAUGUUUGUUACUUCUCUUGUGCACCCCAGUUGGCCUCUCCCGCAUGUUCACAGUAAUGGGCCAGUUGUUGGUGAAGCCAGCAAUUCUUGAAGACCUGGAUGAACAAAUUUAUAUUAUUACCUUGGAGGAAGAAGCGCUUCAGAGACGACUAAAUGGAAUGUCUUCAGCGGUGGAAUAUAAUGUAAUGGAGUUGGAACAAGAACUUGAAAAUGUAAAGACUCUUAAGACAAAAUUAGAGAGACGAAAAAAGGCUUCAGCAUGGGAAAGAAACUUGGUGUAUCCUGCUGUCAUGGUUCUCCUCCUUAUUGAGACAUCCAUCUCAGUCCUCUUGGUGGCUUGUAAUAUUCUUUGCCUGUUGGUUGAUGAAACAGCAAUGCCAAAAGGAACAAGGGGACCUGGAAUAGGAAAUGCUUCUCUUUCUGCUUUUGGUUUUGUGGGAGCUGCACUUGAAAUCAUUUUGAUUUUCUAUCUUAUGGUGUCCUCUGUUGUCGGUUUCUAUAGCCUCCGAUUUUUUGGGAACUUUAUUCCCAAGAAGGAUGACACAACUAUGACAAAGAUCAUUGGGAAUUGUGUGUCAAUCUUGGUCUUGAGCUCUGCACUGCCUGUGAUGUCAAGAACACUGGGAAUCACUAGAUUUGAUCUGCUUGGAGACUUUGGAAGGUUUAAUUGGCUGGGAAAUUUCUAUAUUGUGUUAUCCUACAAUUUGCUUUUUGCUAUUGUGACAACAUUGUGUCUGGUCAGAAAAUUCACCUCUGCUGUACGAGAAGAACUUUUCAAGGCCCUAGGCCUUCAUAAACUUCACUUAUCAGAUACUUCACGGGAUUCAGAAACAACAAAGCCUUCUGCAAACGGGCAUCAGAAAGCACUGUAAGACACACAGCAGCACUCUGCAAUCAAGAGCCCCGAGAGUCCCAAACUCACGACAUUCCUGUCAGUCAGGAACGCGUCACACUGACUGGGCUUCGCAGUUAGGGCCUGAGCCUGUCAUUUUUUCAUAGUCUACUAAGAACUUGGCCAUCACAGGUCUUCUUUCAAUUUAACUUUGUGGUGGACCCUGUAGUUUCCAGCCAAAUGCAGGUUCCUUGGGCAGCACAUUCUUCUGUGGACACAUCUGCUUGCAUCUGUUGAUACAAUCACCCAUCUGAGAAUGUUAGAAAAGGCAGACUUUGGAGCUUUCUAAGGAUUCACUUAAAUCCGAUUAUGUGUUUUAUUCAAAAUGUAGAAGGCUACAUGAAAGGCUUCCUUGGUACUUGGAUGUGAGUGAAAGUUCUGCAAAAAAUCCGUGUUGAUAGAUUAUCAUUAUAGUGGGUGCGUUAGAACUGUAAUGGUUGCAGAUUAUAUUUUUCACUUCCUUAAAAAAAACCCAAAAGCAUAGUUCUGAUUUCUGUUAUGAAUGAUAUUGAUUGGACUUUGAGUCAAGGGAAAAACAGGAGAUUCUUUUCAAACGUGAGCCUUGGUAGACGCCCCUGGAGUACCUUCUACUGUGCAGUGAAGUGCACUGUGGUGGGAAUCGUGGGAACCAGUUCUCUGGCAGUGUGUGUGCAUACACUUCAGUGUUACUGCUCAUAAUGGAGUUGCCAGUGUUGAGUACACUUGGAACUUAGAUUUUGCCUUAUAGGCUAUAUGUACACUCCAUAUUUUUAAUCAUUUUUUUCAAAAAUCCCUUAAUUCCCUGUACUCCUGUGUCCGUUAUAAAUAUAAAUGCUCUGUGGUAGCAGCUCCUUUUUUUGCCACAUUCUUCAGGCUUUGGUUACUUUUGUAUAUGUCAAUUUAAACCUCAGACUUAUAAAAGUUACCCGUUUAACACCAAAAACGCACAGGAUCAGCAUUCACAAUGUAAGAAUAGUUUUGCAGUGUAUCAUGCAUCUGAUAAUCAUUCAGUUAUUAAAUUGUAAAUAAUUCUUGGGAUGGUUUCUUGACUGAAUAAAAACUAUAAAAUUACACUGUGUUACCAUCCACUAGGAUAGAGUAUCGAAAAUUGUGCAUGCAAAAAUAUGAGGUAGGCCCAUUUGCACAGAACUUAGAGUUAUGCAGUCUCUAUAAAUACAUAUGAUCAUAUGCACUAUGUGUAUGGCAAUAGAUUGUCUGUGUUCAGACAAAAGUAAAAGAACAUUUUUCUUAAAUUGUUGAAUUUAAAGGUUUUCUUGGGGGAAAUUUAUGAAAAACAGGCUGUAUAUAUUUGACAUAAAAAAUUUCCACUUAAAGCCAAAAUAAGAAAAGUUAAUCUGUAUAUUUGUAAGUUUCAUGGAAUAUACUUAGUUUUUAUUUGUAGGUCUACAUUUCCUUCUGAGCUUCUCUUCUUAUUAAAAUGCAGCUUAGUUUUAAAAUAAAAGAAGAUUUUGUGAUUCUAAACAAUACUCAGUAAAUACCCCCAGUCUAGUAUUGGUAAAUUUCUCAGCAUAAGAUCUACUGCAUACUGAAAAACUUAAUAAAAGUUGGCUGCUUUCUAAUUUCUCUGGUAAUUAUACCUAUUUCAACAUUAAUUAAUUUCAAGCUUUGAUUUUUUUACUGAAACUUGCUUGCAGUCCAUACUUUGAGCAGACCAGAUCAAGAGGAGAAGAGAAAGAAACUUCUUUAAAUAAAAGAGUAUCCGUUUUAACUUCUACCAAUUUCAGGGCACAUCCAGAGGAAGAGUUCCUGGGUAUUUGUGAGAUGUCUGAAAUUUUCGAGUAAGAUAUUAAACUUUUCAGUGUCUGUAUCAGCUCCGCUUAUUUGAAAGUUUCUUUCCAUCUGAGGACUUAAGCCUGGUUUGGAUUAAUAAGCAGUGGAGUGUAUUAUAAAUUCCUAAAGCUCUUAUUGGAUGCGCCUUCACUGCUGUUGAAACAGAGGAUACACAUCACAUGGAGAGACGGUUUUGAACCUUGGGUCUCAGAUGCCUUUUAUGGAAAGAAAUACAGGUGGUUAUAUACUCAGUCUGUGGCAUAAUUACCAUCACUUGAGGCCCCACAGACAGCUUGUAUAUUCCUGGUCACGUAACAUAAGAAUCUUGAGUGAGAGACCGACUCUAAAUGCAGGUGUUUCUAUUGGACACAUGCUGGAGGCUGGCUGUAUGAAACCUAUGGCAGAAAUGGGUGGCAGCACACUGAGCCCAAGCACGUGAGGACUGGUAAGGACAGGCGCCUUGGGGUCUUCCCUUUAUUGCAGCUGGUGUGCUAGUGAAGGAGGACGCAGCCAGACUUGCCGUGAGAGCUCCAGAUGCCAGCGGUCAGAGGGGUUCUGACCUUCCAUUUCCCUUCUGAUUGGACCGCAGUACAUCAGUGACUGAGUUAAAUGCAGUGCUCCCCGGAAUCAGUCUUAAAAGGGCCCUGGGCACUGUAGUUACAAAGUUUCUUGAGGAGAGUUAGCCAAUUCUUAUCCUUAAUUGGUUCUGCAAUAUUUAAAUAAAUUAUUUUAAAUUGUAAAUUUUACAGAUAGCAUUUGUAAUGAUUUUUACUGACUUUCCAAGAUAUUUCUUAGAUUUAAUAUUUACUUAACUUUAUGUACAUUCUAUAUAAGAACAGACCUGCUCUCAAUAUGAGACUUUAUGUGAAAAUUACACACACAAACACACACUGAUGUUAGCUCCUUCACUGCCACACUGAGGGGUUGAUUAGUGGAUAAGGAUGAACCCUUCCGUGUGGUUUUGACUUUCGGAUGCCUGAAAGGUGCGUCUACACCUGAUCUCAGGGGCAUCGCCAUCUGCCUCACUUUGCUGGAGCCCAGCAGACCUCCCUGUGGCCUCAGUCACCACUCAGUCUGCAGUAACAUAGGCUUACAUUGUCUGAAAGCCCUAUGUGGUUUUCUUUGUUGUUAGCACAGUAUUUAAUGUAUACAAGCAGAAUUCUUACGAUAAUUUUUUUAUGCAGUACUGACUUGUUAAACUUUAAAAAAUACUGGUAUGAUGUUACUUUUAAAAUGAUAUUUGGAUGCACUGGUAAAUUAUUUUUGUUUAGAGUGUUUUGUUUACAAAUUAUCUGUCGGUCUUGUUUGUUUCUAUGAGAUACUUUUAGUGUGACUUUUUAAAUGUCUUAGAAAUUAAAGUUUUACAAAAAGUGAUUUCCUAUUUUGGUUUACAAGCACUCAAAUAGGCUUUUUUUUGUCUUAAAUACCAUCAUGUCUGAAACUUAAGGAUAUACAUAGAAAACUUCAUUUCAGUUCUAUGAAGGGCAGUGAUUAUUCUGGCAGAAUGUCGAAUUGAGGAAGAAGUAGAUAUUUUUCUCUCUCUUUUUGUUAAGGAGUUACUGGUAGAUCAAUUUCUUGCAACCUACAAUGCAGCAUCAAUAACUGAAAUGUGUGUUAUCUUAUUUGUGUGAGUUAUUUAGAUUUGUUUGAUGUCUCUAAUUUCUCCUAUAGAAGGACUGAGCCACACCUAACUGGUCUGGACAGCUUAAUCCCGAGUUCUCUGAAGAGCGGGUGCCGUCAGCAUCGGGCUAAUUCAGUGACAGACACAAUUACACCAGUGGCUUUCAAGCUUUUUGACUAGAGGAAGAAGUAUGUUUGACAGUGUAAGCUGUACACACAGACACACGUGCUUCUACACGUAUAAACAAAAAUUUAACAAAAUAGUGCCUGCUUUUACUAUGUGGAAUGCAUGCUGGCAUUUUCUGUUCUAUUUUGUUCUUAUUUUUCAAAAUACUAGACACAAACCGCCAAGUCAUUUGCUGACCCACUAAGGGAUGGGAAACUUUGGUAAACAUGACUCUGGAAUCCAGUUGAAAGAUGAAUGAAUACAGAGACCUUUUUCUGGCUUUUGAAUAUUGUUCAGGUAAAAUUCAUUAUUAUAAAUAUCACUGAAGCAAAAGUGUAUGCAAAUUACUUGUUACAUUGCAAAAAAUGUAACUAAAAUCAGUAGAAAUUGCCAAAACUAAAAAAUGGAUUAUAAAACUUCAAAACUACGUGGUUGAAGGAGUAAAGCUGGGAGCUAGUUUUUGAGAGAAGUUAUUUGACUUCCAAUUCUGUAUACUUAAAUUAGGUAAAAAUUUUACAAGUUGAAAUGUAAUCAAAUAGGAAAUUCAGACAAAACACUGUUAUUCUCAGAUUUGACUUUGGUGUUGUGCUCUUCUAAGUGUCCUGAAGAGGUCGACAGGCGCGGGUUAGGAAGAGCGGGGCAGCAGCACCCGAUGUGCGUGACUUCUGAGGACUGCAGUGCAACAGAAGGGGCUCUGGUGCCUGAAUGUGGGGAGGCAGAGAUUCACACGUGCGCUGUGCAUCUGACAGAGGAGAGUUUUAUCGGUUACUGAAAACGCUAUGUGAAUGUUGUAAUGUCUUUUCCUUUGAAAAGCUAUUAUUAAAAGAAUGUACUGCUUACAGACGAUGAUA